CUACACGUUAGCUUCACAGGCAGGAGAGCUUCUCUCCUCUGGUGUUUUGGUCCAGUCGACCCCAAACACGAAAAUGACAGCGAGGAAGUCUGGCUCACGACUGGAGACCGAGAUAGAGCGGUGCCGUUCAGAAUGCCAAUGGGACAAGAUACCGGAGUUAGUACGACAGCUCUCGGCCAAACUAAUAUCAAACGAUGACCUUGGGGAGCUGCUGCAGGGAGAAUGUAAGCUUCAGACGUACUUGAAGGAGAAUCCCAUCAAACAGGGAGCCAGUCCCAGGGGCCCACGACCUAAACUGGUGGAGGUCAGGAAACACCUCACUGCUGCUCUGGACAGAGGGAACCUCAAGGCUGACUACCUCCAGGAGACUAGCCUGCUGAUGGCUAAACUCUGCUAUGUGGAGGGAGAAUACAGAGACGCUUUAGGUCACUAUAACAGGGUGAACCUGGAUGACAUGCAGCUGGUGGGAGCUCCUGUGUAUAGGCUUUCUAUGAUAGCAGAGGCCUAUGCUACUAAAGGAUUGUGUCUAGAGAAGGUCCCAGCUGCCUCACCAUCUCUGUCCAAUAAGAACACUGGGUCUCCUGCGUCCAAUAGGAGCACAACAGACAGAGAGCAGGAAAUCAUCACCUGCUAUGAAAAGUCUGGCGACAUCGCUCUUCUCUACCUGCAGGAGGCUGAAAAGGCGUUAUCUGCAGGGAUUCAGAACCGCAGCCCAAAGCCCGGCCCGACGGCUCAGGACCAGGAGCUGGGCUACUUCUUGGAGACAGGCCUCCAGAGAGCCCACGUUAUCCACUUCAAGAACGGCAACCUCACACACGGUGUAGGCCGCUUUCGGGAAAUUCUUCGGGCUGUUGAGAACAGAACUACCCAGAACCUGCGCAUGACCAUUGCCAGACAGCUUGCAGAGAUCUUGCUCAGAGGAAUGUGUGAACAGAGUUACUGGUCUCCUCUGGAAGACCCGCCUACAGUGUCGCCAUUGGACGAUCCCACGCGGCAAGGACACACUCUCAGCAAGAACUACAGCCUAAGCCGACGCCCACGAGUGUACUCAGGGGAGAAUCUGUUUUGCCCUCAGGAGAAUACAGAAGAAGCUUUACUGCUGCUGCUCAUCAGUGAGUCCAUGGCUAACCGUGACGCUGUCCUGAGCCGAAUCCCUGAACAUAAUAAUGAUCGGAUCAUCAGCCUACAGUCUGCCUCUGUGGUGUACGACCUGCUGACAAUAGCUCUGGGCAGGAGGGGGCAGUACGAGAUGCUGUCAGAGUGUUUGGAACGAGCCAUGAAGUUUGCCUUUGAGGAGUUCCAUUUGUGGUACCAGCUCGCCUUGUCACUGAUGGCAGCUGGCAAAUCAGCUCGUGCUGUUAAGGUCCUUAAGGAGUGUAUUCGUCUGAAGCCUGAUGAUCCCACAAUCCCACUGCUGGCUGUCAAACUGUGUAUUGGACCCCUGCACUGGCUGGAUGAGGGCGAGUGCUUUGGAAAGAUAGUGAUUGACAUGGGGGAGAAAGCUGCUGAGUUCAGAGCCAAAGGCUACUUGGCCAUUGGGCUGGUUUACAGCCUCAAAGCCACGGAUGCAUCCUUGCGGAGCACACAGGAGGACUACCAGAGGAAAGCGUUGGGAGCCUUCCAGAGAGCUCAGAGUCUGUCUCCUACUGACCACCUAGCAGCUUUCUACUUGGCGUUGCAGCUUGCUGUGUCCAGACAGAUCCCAGAGGCACUAGGCUAUGUUCGACAGGCGUUGCAGCUUCAGGGGGAUGAUGUCCACUCCCUUCAUCUGCUGGCCCUGCUACUCUCUGCUCAGAAACACUACCACGACGGCCUCAAUAUCAUAGAGAUGGCCCUGUCCGAGUACCCGGAGAACUUCAAUUUGCUGUAUACCAAGGUGAAAUUGGAGUCAAUGUGUAGAGGACCAGAGGAAGCUCUGCUCACCUGCAAACACAUGCUGCAAAUCUGGAAGAGCUUUUACAACCUUACCAACCCCAGUGAUUCGGGGCGUGGCAGCAGUCUAUUGGACAGAGCCAUUGCAGACAGACGACAGCUCAACGCCAUGACUCUGCCUGACUUCAGUGACCCUGAGACUGGUUCGGUGCACGCCACCUCCAUAGCGGCCAGUCGUGUAGAGCAGGCUCUGUCUGAGGUCGCCUCCUCCCUGCAGAGCAGUGCCCCCAAACAUGGACCCCUCCACCCCUGGAUGACCCUGGCUCAGAUCUGGCUGCAUGCAGCUGAAGUGUACAUCAGCAUGUCAAAACCUGCAGAGGCCUCAGCUUGCACACAGGAAGCUGCCAACCUCUUCCCCACCUCCCAUAACGUGCUGUACAUGAGGGGGCAGAUAGCAGAGCUGAGGGGCAACAUAGACGAGGCCAAACGCUGGUAUGAAGAGGCUCUGUCCAUCAACCCGACACACGUCAAGACCAUGCAGAGACUGGGUCUGAUCCUCCACCAGCUGCAGCGCUACAGUCUGUCCGAAAAAGUCCUGAGGGACGCUGUGCAGGUCAACAGUACGGCUCAUGAUGUGUGGAACAGUCUGGGUGAGGUGUUGCAGGCUCAGGGAAACGCUGCAGCUGCCACUGAGUGUUUCCUCACUGCCUUGGAGCUGGAGGCCAGCAGCCCCAUUCUGCCCUUCACCAUCAUACCCAGAGCACUAUGAAACACACACACACACACACACACACACACACACACACACACACACACACACACACACACACACACACACACACACACACACACACACACACACACACAGUUAUAGCCUCACUACUGUAGCACAGUGGCACAAAUGAUGGACCUGCAAGCUGCACUCACUCCAUACACACAGCAUGCCUGCAUGUGACUUGCACACACCUGCACAGGGUUUUACUGCCAUACUCUCAGAUACACACACACACACACACGCACACACACACUCUAUAGAAAUGCAAAUAGUACAUAUAAACAUCCAUACAUGCUUCCCCCCUGCCCACCCACCCUUCCCACAAUGCCUUGCUGUGGCUGUGACCCUUGACCAUGGGUGUGUGUGAGCGCAUAAGUCUGUGUGCUGACACACUGCUUGUUUAUGUCGAUCUGCACUUUUUGUGUGCCUGUUUGUGUCUGUGCAUGUACACCCAUGUCUGUGUAUGUGUGCCAACAUGAUGCCUGUGCAUAUUUGUGUCUGGUUGUAUGUGAUUUGUAGUAUGCUGUGUGUGUUUGUUGUUUUGUCCUGUUCAAAGAUGUAAAUAAGAUUUAAUUUGAGUCAUUACUCCAGCAUCGCUAGCAUUCAGAAGCCUAAGAGUUUACAUUUUGUUUACAUGUUGUUAAGUACCAAAACACACACACACACACACACACACACACACACAGAGUUUAAUUUUCCUUUCACACACUGAGGGUAAAUCUAGCAUAUUGUGCAAAAACGGAUUAUGGGCAAGUAAACAGUUUUAGUAAUGUUUCCUUUUUAAGCCAAAUAUUACUGAUAAUCUCAUUCACUCACAAACAAACACACACGUAUGUUCACUUGUUGCUGUUCAUAUAGAGAGAACAGUUUCUCUAUGGCUGGCUCAGGACAGCCUGAUCUUUGAGAAUCAACUGGAGCAUAGACAGACAUGAUCAACAGAUCACUGAAGAAUCAAUCAAUCAAUCAGUAAAGUCUAAAUGCCAAAACACAGGCUGCAUUUACACACGCAAGAGAUCCGAUUUUAGCAGCAAAUAUUCAGUGGCUGUCUUUUUAUGGAGUUUUGAAUUGAAGCACAUGUAAUCUCAUGUGUGCAGCCUUUAUAUGUUGGUGUAACCAGACUUUCAUGACAUUCUAUGAUUUUACAGAUUUUCCUAGUAUGUACAGUAUCAUUCAAUUUCCCCAUGGGAAUCAUUGAAAUUAAGGGAAUAGACAUACACUUUUUUUGCAUACUUGCUGAGAGUUGAGAGAUGAGAAGAUCAAUUUCGUACUGUACAAUGAAUAUGAAACUAGAGCUAGCAGCAGUUAGCUUAGCUUAGCUGAAGACUGGAAACAGGGGGAAUUCACCUACCAGCAUCUCUGCAGCCCACUAAAUGACUCCUUACAUCUUGUUUAAUCUGUACAGAAACUUAAAAACAACAACAUUCAGACUAUGGGACUGUGUUGCAUGUCAUGCCCCUCCUCUCUCACUAUUUGUCCUGUCUGUAUCUCUUCACUGUAUUAUAAAGAAAAAAAAAUGCUAAUUAUUGAACUUUAGAGAUGCUGGUAGGUCAAUUUUGUUAUCCUCAUGCCAAGUCAGCUAAUGAAAGCUAAGCUAAACUCAGCUGCUAGUGUUAGCUUCACAUUUAGUCUACGGACAUGAGAGUGGUCUCGGUCUUCUAACUCAGCAAGUGGGCAAAUAAACGUCUUUCUCAAAAUGUCUUAACUAUUGCUGUAAAAUAAAAAGCCAUUUCCAUAGUAAUAAAUGUUCUUUUUUUAAUGCUUGUGAUCAGUUUUGAAAAGACUGACUUGUUAGCAUGAGCAGCUGCACAACAGCGAAACACCACCAACAGAAACUCUCAACAGAAACUUGAUAAUGUUCUAGAUAAUCAGUAAAGUUUCAUACAAACUGGAGCUCCUGUGUAACAUUUCUAUUUUAACAAUUUGUAAUUAUGAAUGGGAGAAAUCGAUUACACAGACUAAAUCAGAUUUGCUGUUGUGUGUAAAUGCAACCACAGUGAUUGUGUUGUCUUUGUGCCCUGUUACAGUCAUGUUAAAUAAAACCAGAUGAAUAUAGUUUUGUUUUUUUUAAUUUGAUUUUUUGAUUAUAUUUACAAAGAGUUAUUGUUGUAUAUUUGAUUGUUCCAAGUGUAAUAUUAUUGCUAUUAUUUUAGAAAGUAAAUUAUAAUUCUAUUUUCUGGAGAGUGAUGUUACUGAGACGCUGUCAGAGGCGUGAGAGGAUGAACUGACUCAGUUUGUUGAUAUGAGCUCUGUCAGUGAGUUCUUUGUACUGUAAAUGAAUGAUUGAAAUUAGGAUGGUAAUAAUGACUAAGAUAAUAAAAGUGGUUAAAUACAA